AUGGCUGGUGGGCCGAAGAAAUGUUUUUCUUGGAUUGGUUUCUGUCUUAUUUGUCUUAAAAUGGUUGCUUCAGCAAAAACAGCUCCAGAAAUACCCACUAUUGACCAGGCGUAUUCCAAGAUCAGCAACAGUAUCACUGUGGAAUGGGCUACAGUGCCAGGUGCCACCAGUUACCUCCUCACAGCAGAAGCUGGGAACACAGUCAUUGAAACCAUGGUGGUGAAUUCCCCAGGCACUGUGACAGGCCUGAAGGCUGCCACUUUGUACCAAAUCACCAUCAGAUCCAUCAGUGCUGCUGGGAGAAGCCAGGCAUCACCUCCAAGGCAGGCAAAGACAGUAUUGGCUGCACCAGUUCUAGAAGUGAGUUCUCCAAGUCCAGACUCUAUUCUUGUGCAAUGGGAAGCUGUAUACAUGGCUAUUGGAUUCUCUGUGUCCAUUAUGCGAGCCAAUGGCUUGGGUAGAAUAUGGAAAGAGAACACUACAAACACAUCCUUAACAUUCAGCAAUCUAGAUGCUGGAACUCUUUACACCAUAAAGGCCUAUGCAUGGAAUGCCAAUGGGAUCCCUGGAGAUGAUUCUACGUGCAAUCAGAGAACAAGUCCUCGUGCCCCUGUCAACAUUGAAGUCUCUUUUGAUAGCGAGACUCUGAAGGCAUCUGUUUCAUGGACACCGACAGAAGGAGCUUUCAACUAUACCGUGAUGGCUUUGGGUGUUUCUUCAGAGCGGAACUGUAGCACGUCUUCCUUCAGUUCCUGCACCAUCUCUUCUCUCCAGUGUGGAACAGAGUACUCGAUUUCAGUUUUAGCAAGUAAUGAUGCUGGAUCUAGCAAGUCUAAUUCAGCAGUGACCCUGAAAAGUGUUGCUUGUGCACCUGGAAGAGUGACGAUUCAAGAAGACCCCCCUGGCCACCUCUCUGUGGCUUGGCCCACUGUUGAACUGGGUGAUUACUAUGUGGCCUUUGUGAAGAGCGAUGAUGGCUUGGAAGUUCACUGCAACACAUCCCUCACCCAGUGCAAUUUCCUAUCUGAGUGUGGAUUCACUUACUUUAUUAGUGUUUUUGCCUAUAACAAGGCGGGACAGAGUCCACUGGGAGAUGUGUUCAAUUAUACCACAGCUCCCUGUUGUCCUAGUGACAUUAACCCGGUGUUGGUGUCUGGUGACAGAGUACAGAUCGUGUGGUCUCCUGCUCGUGGUGCUGAACUCUAUGAAACGCGGGCUACAGAUGGGUAUAUUGUGGUUGAGUGCAAUGAUACUGCCCCUGCUUGCACCCUUUCAGCUUUAGACUGUGAUACCAAAUACAACAUCACAGUGUAUUCCUUCAGCGAAGUCCGGGGCAGCAAUAUGUCAUGUACUUCACAACUGAUAACCACAGCUCCUUGUAGCCCUGAAAUAAAAAAUGUUUCGAAGGAUGCAUUUUCCGAGAUUAAUGUGCACUGGCGAUCCACUAAUGAUGAUGCCACUUACACGGUGACUGCCCAAGGGGAGAAAGGGCUGUAUCAGUGCAGCAGCCAGGGGGAGUCCUGCACCCUGGUGGGCCUGCCCUGUGGUUCAGGGUUCUCCCUCACUGCUGUGGCUGAAACCCAGGCAGGAUGGAGCCUGCCAAGCUACAGUGUACCCCUGGAAACAGUGCCAUGCUGUCCAGCUGGUCUGACAGUAACUCAGGUCACCCAGUCGGUCACCAACGUGAGCUGGAAUAUUGGGACAGGGGCCCAAACCUAUGUGGCAGUGCUGGAGUCACGUGCUGGACAGUCUAAGUGCCACACCCAUGAGAACCACUGCCUGAUAGGAUGCAUCAUGUGUGGUGUCAAUUACACAGUGGCAUUGAAAGCAAUUAGUGCUACUGGGCUGACUGCAGAUUGUGCCUUCCAAAGCUACUCCUCUAGUGCCUGCUGUCCUUUGGGAGUGAAAUUAUACAGGCUGGGUCCUAAUGGUAUCCGGAUCUACUGGCAAAUCUCCAGGGGUUCUGCCAACUAUAGCACUGACCUCUAUGGCUCCAAGGGCAUCUUCACCUGUGCCCCCCGCUCCAGCCUCAGCUUUUGUGAUAUCACAGAGAUACCCUGUGGAGAUGUGUAUACUGUGAUGGUCUCUCCAGUCUCCGAAACAGGACUGAAGCUUAGUUUCUGUCCUAAAAAAAUAUACUCAGUAACCUGCUCUGGCAGUACACUUGGAAUGGUGAUUUACAGAGGAAAGAGAAAUGCAGACUGAUACAGUAAGCCUUGGAUAAAAAGACUUGAUAA